AAUAUCUGGGAUAUCGACAAGAACCAGCAAUCCAACAGCUGCCAUCACAAUCCAGUCCAACCCGGGGUGUAUUUAUCGUCGCUUCCCCCGUUUGUCUGUACGCUUAACCACCGUUACCCUAAGCAAGAGAGUGAAAAGAGGAAGAUGGGUCCGCAGAAAAGAAACGCCUUCCUCGACGUGGAUGAGAGCGAAGACGACGGUAGCCAAGGCUACGAUUCCGAGGCCGACCAGGUGCAAAAAGGCGACCGAUCCGCAAAGCGACGUAAAUUAGACGAUGGCGUCUCCAGCGACGAGGACAGAGACGACGACGAGCGAAGCGAGGAUGGCAAAUUCGACGACGAAGCUGGUUCAGAUAACAACGCUGUAGACGAGGAAGACGCGAACGAAGAUGGAAAGGAUAAGCAACCUAUCGGCGAUCCCCAUAGGAGGGUAGAAAAAGACACAACGGGCAAAGGUCCGCUGCCAGAAUUGCCGGAUGUGUCGCGUCCGCUUAUCAAGAAGAAUCUGGUGGUGACGGAGGCGGCGAUCAAAAAAUCCGGCCUGGUCUAUCUGUCGCGCAUACCGCCCUUCAUGAAGCCGCGCAAGCUGCGGUCGCUGCUCGAGCCGUACGGCAAGAUCAACAGGAUCUUCCUGACUCCCGAAGACCCCCAGGGACGCUCGCGGCGCGUCCGCAACGGCGGCAACAAGAAGCGCACCUACACCGACGGCUGGGUCGAGUUCGUCAACAAGAAGAACGCCAAGGAGGCGGUCGACCUGCUGAACGCCCGCACCAUAGGAGGGAAGAAGAACACCUACUACCACGACGACAUCUGGUGCCUCCUCUACCUGCGAGGCUUCAAGUGGCGCAACCUCAUGGAGCAGAUCAACUCGGAAAUGGCCGAGCGAGAAAGCAGGAUGAGGGCCGAGAUCAGCAAGUCAACCAAGGAGAACAAGGAGUUCGUUCGGAACCUCGAGAAGGCCAAGAUGCUGGACGGGAUGCAGGCCAAGGCCGCCGCAAAGAGGAAGAGGGUCGAGGCGAACACCGACAACGAUGGCCCUUCUGUGGCAAGACACGCAGAGGGGUCUCAGAGCGUGCGGACGUUCAAGCAGUCUUCAGCAGGGAAGAAGGUCUCGGAUAGGAUGUCCAGUGCAGCUAGACAAGUCCUGAGCAAGCUCUUUUGAUACUAUCGACAAUGAUACCCCCAGCUCCUUUUUUUCCUCUGCUCCUUAUGGCCAUCCCAACGUCCUAUGCCAUAUACAAAACUGCAUGCUUUCGAGGUGUCCCGGUUCAGAUCUAUCUUUGAAACCCUCCAUCUUGACGAGAACGCACGAAAGGAACCAGGACACAGUCCACAGAACUACAUUGACUUGAUAAAACCCCCCAUAGCUCCACCUCUCAACCCUCCCAAUAUGCUCUGUGGGUCGCUGAGAACAAUAGCACCGCCGCUCCCGACCCCCCUCCCCACUACUUCCUCCCCUUAAACUCUCCAGACCAACCCUCUCGACAGCUAAUCCUGCCCUUCCCUCCACCAACCCUCCUCACGACAUGUGUCCCCGAGACGUCUCCCCCUCGGCCGAGUCGACCAUACGCCGCGCCGAGGCGCUCGGCCUGGUCCGCGAGAAGUACGCGCGCGCGUGCGCCCCGCACGAGGCCCUGGCGCGCAUGCCGCUCGACGAGGCGCUCGUGGUGCUCGACGCGGCGCGCUGGGAGCUGCGGGAGCUGCGGCGCCUGC